AUGCCGCCACCCGCUGCGUCGCCGUCGUCGUCUCCAUCCUCACAUUGCAAACGCGUGUGGCGUUUUGUUACGUUCGGCCCCCGCCGGGCCCACCGGCAGUCCCAUGCGGCGAUUGAGUUGCUGGAAAAGUUUCGUCAGGGCCCAGCAACUCAAAGCGAGUGGAACCUGCUACUCUGGCGCGCGACGUUCCCGCUCGUGUCGCUCGUGCUGCUUACGUUGCUCUGCGUGGCCGGGCAGUUCGGCCACCUGGUCUACUCGCUGGUCGUCAAUCCCGUGUGGUACUUCUGCAACUUGACCCUCGUCGCGUGUCCGUUCGUUGUGGUGUUUCGGUUUGCAGCACUCGAGAAAGAAGAAGAAGAAGAGGGAGGCGGAGGAGGAGAGCAGCCGACGAUCUGGCGCUACUUGGCAGUCAUCAGUGUAGGAAUCAGUCUCGUUGAGUGGUACAUAAGCGUACCGGCGAGCCGAUACUCGUGGAUUGUCGGCAAUACGUUGUUUGGUAUUGUUGCACUUGGAGCCGUGCCGCUAUUCUUUAGUAUGCACAGACGAACGGCACGAUCGCAGUAUGAGGAUCUCGUGCUGGAGCAGGAGGAGCAAGACCAGCGACAAGUGCACAGCGCUGCUCAAGAAAUGGACGAAGAGGCGGAGGAGGACAAAGACGCUAAAACGGCUGGAGCCAUGCAGCAGACACAAGCAGGUCCAUUGUUGCCGCCAGCGUCAUUGGCUGUAAAUGUGAAUGCAGACAACAACCCGAAGAUCAUGAUGAUUAGGACGAUGAUGAAGGCAUCGCUUGUGAGGCAACGAUCGGGCGGAUUCCAGAGUGAGAGUGAGACUUUUCGUCAGUCGGGAGGAGGCCUGAGUGAGAACGAGGUAUUUCGACAGUCAGGACGACGAAGCCUGAGUGAAAAUGAGAGUUUGCGACAGUGGAAAAAAAGCCAUGGUGGAAACAAGACUGUUCGACAGCCGAAACACGAUCAGAUGCAACGAGAGGGGCAGCCAUUGACGAGGCUGCUCUACGGGUGUGGCUUUUGCGCGUUGGUCCUGUGGCUUGUCAUGUUCUCGCUGUACAGUUCGGCGCGCGGAGGGGAUGCCUCAACACGAUUCUGGUUUCUGCUGGACUUGCUGUCACCUAUUUUAUGCAUUGUGCUCUUCAGUUCUCGUGUCGUGAGAGUUCGCUUCAGCUUUGAACACGCAGUGGCGUAUAGCACGUUGGUUGUGCAUGUUCCGCUGUUUCUCGGACACUUGUGCGUGCGGCUGUUUGCGCUUGCUGAAGACCCCUCCGCGUCGUCGGCGACCAGCAUUGAGUCGUGGCUCAAACUGGCGAUUUCGGUGCUCUAUCUUUUCCUGAUGCAAGGCUACUUCUUUGUGAUCACGAACAUGGUGAACAGCAUGUCAGAACCAUUCGCGCAUCCAUCGCUGCUGUACGUAGGACAGCUCUACUAUUACGUUUUCUGGUACAUCCUAGUAGGCUCGGACACACCCAUCGACGCGCUGUACUGGGGUAUGUUGUUCCUCAACAACGUCCACAUCGCGUUUCUCAAUACAGGUGUGUACACGGAUUUCAAGCGCACAUCGUCAGUCUGGCUGACCGCGCCGUUUCAUGUUAACAUCACGUCUCCACUUGUGUCUUGCUUGCGCUCAACAAGCUCAGCGUUUGAUGUUUCAAGGUGCCUCCCGCAUAGAACGUCAGUGCAAAAACAAGAACUUUUGGGGCUAAACUGUGGUGUAGCUGGAGCAGCAGCCAUGGAGGCAAGCGACGAUUUACUUGAAGACGGGGAUCACUUUUGCAAUCACGGUACCAGCAACAGCUCGAAUAGCGUUGUCGCAGCACGAAACAUUGAUGAAAACGGAACUUGCGUCGGCGAGCUACCAUCUUGGCAAAAACAAGACAGCAGGAAUCGAGAACGAGACCGAAGCAUCAAUGACACCCACCGAGGUAUCCAAGCUUUAGCCUGGGAUUCAGCAUUGCCCACUCGCAAGACCGGCAUAUGCAAAGUGUCGACGGUCCGUGGAAAAUGUUCGCAGAGGCACAUAACUUGCAAAAAGUGUGCGGGUCGAACAAGUGGGUCUUCUCAGUUUGGUAAUGAGGAUGUGGCUGCAGCAGCUUUAGGCGCGGGUUCUCGCGUAAAGACGUCUACAAGUGAAGCUCUUCGACCGCUUUACUUUCUCAUGAAGCUAGCGGAACAAGACAACAUGGCCGAUACGACAGCACUUAUACUGGUACCUUCGCUCUUGACGCUUCUGGCAGUUUUUGAGAAGCCAGGUAGUGCUCUCUCCGUACUACAAGACCAGACGAAUCUGUGGCUGCGCUGCGUGUGCAUGUUCAUUGGUCGGCUUGGUGGCGCGUUCCUUGCCCGCGAGAUCUUCACGUGCAAGCUGCGGUCGCGACUACGCUCGACAUCGGAGGAUUCAUGUGAGACAGCAAGGCCCGAUGGUAUCAAUGGUUUUGUCGAUGGCAUGCCUGUACGCCUUUGGAUACAGCGUCUGAUGUUGCAGGAUUUCCAUGCCCAGUUCUGGUACCUGACCGCCGUAACGAUUGUUGUCACUUUCGGUUGCUUUGCUCGCGUCGACCUGCCAUUACGUUUUGCUUUGCUUUAG